ACUGUCACUGCUAAAUUCAGAGCAGAUAGAGCCUGCGCGGUGAAAUAAAGUCCCUCAAAAUUGAAAUGUGACAUUGCUCUCAACAUCUCCCAUCUCUCUGGAUUUCUUUUUGCCUCAUUAUUCCUGCUCACCAAUUCAUUUCCAGACUUUGUACUUCAGAAGCAAUGGGAAAAAUCAGCAGUCUUCCAACUCAAUUAUUUAAGUGCUGCUUUUGUGAUUUCUUGAAGGUAAAGAUGCACACCAUGUCUUCUUCACACCUCUUCUACCUGGCCCUCUGCUUGCUCACCUUCACCAGCUCAGCCACAGCUGGACCAGAGACGCUCUGUGGUGCUGAGCUGGUGGAUGCGCUUCAGUUCGUGUGUGGAGACAGGGGCUUCUAUUUCAACAAGCCCACGGGGUACGGCUCCAGCAGUCGGAGGGCACCUCAGACAGGCAUCGUGGAUGAGUGUUGCUUCCGGAGCUGUGAUCUAAGGAGACUAGAGAUGUACUGCGCACCCCUCAAGCCUGCCAAGUCCGCCCGCUCCGUCCGUGCCCAGCGCCACACUGACAUGCCCAAGACUCAGAAGGAAGUUCAUUUGAAGAACGCAAGUAGAGGGAGCGCAGGAAACAAGAACUACAGAAUGUAGGAAGAGCCUCCUGAGGAGCCAAGAAUGACAUGUCACCACAGGAUUCCUUGCUCUGCGCGAGUUACCUGUUAAACAUUGGAACACCUACCAAAAAAUAAGUUUGAUAGCAUUUCAAAGAUGGGCAUUUCCCCCAAGGAAAUAUACAAGUAAACAUUCCAACAUUGUCUUUAGCAGUGAUUGUUAAAAGAUUUGCACCUUGCAAAAACAGUCCUGGAGUUGAUAGAUUGCUGUUGAUCCUAUAUCAAUCAUGUUCUAUAGAGAAAAAUAUAUAUAUCUUAGUCCCUGCCUCUUAAGAGCCACAGAUGCAUGGGUGUUGUUCAGACCCAGCUGCCCUCAGUUCCUUUCUGAAUCUUGGCUGCUGCAGCAUCCAUUCAGCAACCUGGUCUAAGUGGUUUAUGAAUUGUUUUCUUAUUUGCACUUCUUUCUACACAACACAAAAUGUUUAUUUUACAAUGUCUAAUAAUCUUCUUUGUCUACCCCAUCACUCACCCUUUCAUGUCAUUUACAUUUGUCUAAUUUGGCCUCCUCAAAAGCAGUAGCAAGAAGUCAAAGAGCCCACCGAUGUUUAACCUACAAGAUUCAAUCUGUGGCAUUCGUACCAAAUAUGAAUUGGAUGCAUUUAUUUUAAACAAAUAGCUUUAUUUUUCCACAUCAUGCCACACACACACAAAAAAAAAAAAAAUUAUAAGAACGCAAACAGUUGCAACUUUGAGGCCAAUCAUUUUUAGGUGUAUCUUUGAAACAGAAAGUCUCUUAAACUCUCAAUGGUUCCUUCGAAUGAUGAGUUAGCGUGCAACCUGAUUAGUAAAUUCUCUCUUUUUAUUUUUUCCAUGUAGAGCACUAUGUAAAUUUAGCAUAUCAAUAAUACAGGAUAUAUCAAACAGUAUGUAAAACUUUGUUUUUUAGUACAAUGGUGCUAUUUUGUAGUUUGUUAUAUGAAAGAGUCUGGUCAAAACGGUAAAAGGCGAAAGCAAAGCAGGAGGGAAAGCCUGGAGCCAAGGAUGGUACCAAGGGGAGGGAAACUGGAAAUUCCAUCCAUUUAGGAAAGAGGGCAAAGUCCCCCAAUUAUGCCUCCAGAGGAAUUUAACAUGCAAAACACCAAUGCAAAUUCGACUGGCACGUCCAGAGAGGAAGCCGUGGAAUGGAAAAAGCAAAAGGCUAGGAAUUUUAACAGUCCUGGUUUCUGUUUCUUGCCAAAGAAACAAACAUCCAGCUCUGCCACAGACUCACCACUGUGUGACCUUGGGCAAGUCGCUUCACCUCUCUGUGCCUCAGUUUCCUCAUCUGCAAAAUGGGGGCAAUAUGUCAUCUACCUACCUCAAAGGGGUGGUAUGAGGGUCAAAAAGAUGAAGCUUCAGAUUUUUAUCCUGGGUUGUUGGAGGGCGCAACACCAGAGCCCUUGAAUUGCUGGGAUAUAUGGAAUUCUACAAACAACCCAUUCACAACAUGGCUAGAG